CCGUACUUGGAGGCUUAUCUCCACUGAAGGUAAGUAAGUAAACUUCGGCGGGGACCAUCCAUCUGACUCUUAGUCUCUUACACGGUACCUAGUAGAAGGCCUUCUAGCAGGAUGACGGAAUAGCGGCGCACCAAGGCCUGAAUAGCCUGAAAGACGGUGUACAGUCGCGGCUGUGCCUGCAGCUUUUCUUCAUUUGCCCAGUACCUCUACUAAGUAUGUACAUGGACCCACAGCCACAAGGAGAUGCCGAGAGUGGGCACACCCGACUUGCGAUCUGAUCUGCGAAAUAAUAUCGCAGUAGCCGGUAUUCGCCUUAUCGAAUACGUGCCGGGAAACAGCGACCGGGGCGGCGUCUUGCCUGUGGAAGAACAAGCACAAAACGGCGCUCAUCCGCCCUCCCCUCCUCCUCUGAUUCUCCCCUUCUUCCUCAACCACCUUUCGGGACUCAUCCCCAUUCAAUCCUCAAUUCUCCGCCGUUCGAGAGAAGAACGGCGCCAGCCAUCUUCGCGUUCUAUCCACCGUGUCAGUUCGCCUUCUUCAAGCCAACCUAAUCAAUAUCCGGACUGGCAGAGCUCCGCGUUCGAGCCUAGCGCGGACCUCUUCCAGUCCUUUGGGGGCGAUUGCACGUCCGUUGCACCCCUGACUAAUGAUUGGCUCUACGGAUACGGACUCGGAGACGGCAGCUCGAGCGGAGGUGAGGGCGACGGCACUUUUGAUGGAGGACUCAACUUGGCGAUAGAUUGGUCGCUUACCGAUUUUGGUUCGUCACACGAGACGACGCCCAUACUUGGAAGCGAGUUGUCACCCGCAAGCCUAGACGACAUUCUGCCUUCUGGCGACUCAGCUCUUCUCUUCCCCCCUUUACCUAUCACAAACAUGCCAUCAGCAACAGCAAUACCCACCACUCAACCCGAUCACUAUUCCAUGUCACCUCCAACACCCAACUAUGAUCAAGCUCUGCAACCCACGUCAGGGAAACGACGCUCUCCUCCAGUCGACCACGUUGUUGCACUCAAGCGUCAAAGAAACAACGUUGCCGCUCGCAAAUAUCGGCAGAAGCGGAUCGACCGCAUCAACGAACUGGAAGCUGAGCUUGAUGAGGUGAAACAGGAACGGGAUGACCUGAAGCUUCGCCUUGCGCGUCAGGAGGCCGAAGCAGCCGCUCUAAGGUCCAUGUUGCAGAUGAAAUCUGGAGAGUCUCGGGAUAAAUAG